GCAAACUGCAGGGUAUUGGGUGCUUCCUAGGAAGUUUAGCUCAUAUCCCAGUGGAAGACCCCUCUGCCCUUUGAGGGUAGGAGCAUGUCCACUGUCAGUGCUUCUUUUUCUCUCCCAGUUGCUUUGGAAUUAUGGUGUCCAGUGCUGUGCACCAGAUGGGCACACUCCUGACUUGCCUUUUGAUCGGAAGUGGAGAAGAAGGCAUCUGGAAGUAGGGGGUGGGGGGUAGGAAAACUUAAAUUAGCAGAAAGCCUAACAGCUAUUGCUGGAGACAGAUGAUUACAGCUCAUUUCAAGGCUGCUUCCUGCAUGCCAAUGAUAGAUCAGUAAACAAACGCCUCUUUGCAAACACAAAGCAGGCAGGAACUCUGUUUGGAAGAGAGAGGUCGGGGUAGGUCUCGCUUCGCUCAGUGGCAGGAAGCCCUAUCACAUGGCCCUGGGAAACAUGAGGCUGGCUGUGCGGAGAAGCUUCUGCUGGGAGCUUCACAUCCUUCCCAGAGCCCGCCAGCAGGUUUGGGAGCUCCCUCCUUCCUCCCCUGCCCUUCCUUCCCCAGUUUAAUUUUGUGACGGUAUCAGAUGAUGGCUUUGUUCCCCCAACAAUGAGGAUUACCAAAUUAAUUGCAGUGAUGGGGCUCUCUAAAUGGGUCUUGGCAUCUUCUCUCCCCUUUUAUGGCCUGGCUGCUGCGGGAUCUACAUGCUAGGAACGUGGCUCUGGGCUGUGGCUGCCAUGGGUCUGUGCUUUGCAUUGCAUGGCAGAAAGUUUGCAUGUGGUACGUGCAGAAAGCAGCAGUGGGUCAGGAGGGACCUGCUUGGUGUAUGCCCGUUCUCCUCAGGUCAUCUGCAACCUGGACUCAGCUCUGCCUAAAUGAUCAAUCUGAGCAGAGAUAUGGAAGGCAGGAGAAAUAGGAGCUCCCCUUGCCCUUUGCAGUGACCUGCCAUGAUAGCUCAGGGGGCCAGUGGAGCCAAACCUGGGGAGGAGGUCUACCCUUCAUUUACCACCGAAGGUGGUUUUCCAUUGCUGCUCUCCCAGUUUCUUCCUGUCAGGCUUUGGGAGUGUCUGUGGGUCAGGCCUGCAAGCUGGUUCUGGUGACCUGGUUAACAAACUAAAGUCUCAGCCCCAUCCCCUUUGCACCUCAUUUGGGCUUGAGAGUGUCCCCAUGCUAAUUUUCUGACCUUUGAGCUAAUCAGGAGGUACCUCAUUUCUGCUCUUUUGUUCCAGAGUUGAUUUUUUUUUUUUUCUCUUCAUGUCUUCAAGGUGUUUGGAUAUGUAUACCUGGAGGUUGUGUUCAUAUUGCAGCAUCUGAUGCUUGGUUGUUUAGGAGGCUCCUGGCCUCAAGUGGCCAAGUGCUACGCAGCCUGAGUUGCUGCUUGACAGGAAUCUGCUCUGGUUGCCUGGGUGAGUCAUCCCUUGGACAGGGACACGGACGAUCAUUAGUUUUCCAUUAUUUGCAAUGCAUAACAGUUAAUGGAUGGAUGAAUAGAUUUUGUUUCUCAGGCUGGUAAAUUUUCUUGACAAUUUUGCAAGGCUGCUCUGUGUCUAGAAGUGAAAUGGGUGUUUGUUCCAGUUCCUAAUGAGGAAGAGAAGCCAAGGGGUUUAUUGUCUGGGGAAAGAGAGUCUGCUAAAUGGUUAGCCAUGAGCUGCCCUGAAUGUGUACACACUGAGUUGACCCAGAGUUCACUCCUCAUCUUAGGAACUCUGCCAGUGUGGGAUAAAGGGAGGGAGAGAAAACUGGGAACAAACAAGACUGAUAUUUUCUUUCUCUCUCAAAUACUCAAGCAGUGGAAAUGAGAGAUUCUUUUGUUCUUCAGUGUUGUCGGUAUGCUUCCUUUAAAAGCUUCAAGAACCAACUGAACUUCCUGAGACACUCAGUCUUAUUGCUGAAUGCUGGGCAUGGCAGGGUGGCAGUAGGCAGAGCAGGUGAACUGCUGCCCAGCUGUGUGCUGACAUGAUGACAGCUAGCAAAGCGGCCGAUGCGAGCAGCAGGUCUGAGAGCAGUGUCUGCAAGUCUGCUGAGAGGAUCAAACUUGCAGAUAAAAACAGGACAGCAGCUGUGAAGGAAUUAGGAAGACUUCCGUGUGGAUUUUCAAGUGAGAGAUGUUCUGAAGGUGCUUCUGUCACCCUGAGUUUAUCACCUGAAGCUGAACCAGUUUCUUGUGUGGUGAAGGACCCACUGGGAGCCUUGGAGAACUUGAUGCUGGAUCCAAGGCUAGACUGCUUUCAGCAGAACAUGCUCAGUCCCAAAAUGAUCAUCAGUGACCCAUCUGUGGAUCUGAACGUUAAAGAAAGCAGUAGAAUCAUCAGGAAACAGAUAGGAGGUACUCAGAGUACACGAACACCUGGAAAAAUUGGCCUGAGGAAUAAGACCUUCAGCAUCAAGGACAAAAUUUCAGAGUGGGAAGGGAAAAAGGAAGUGCAGUCUGCUCCUCGUCGAGAGGAGGAGCAAGGAACUAAAGAGGAGCACAAGAUACCAUGUGUAGUUGAGAAGAUGAGUGGGGAAGCCCUGACGUCUCGGAAAGUGGAGACCAAGAGAUUUAUGAAUUGGGAGCUGGAGUGCAAAGGGGCAGGCAAAGAGAAUGAGCGGAAAGCAGUAACUCUGAAAGGCACAGGGCAGGGAGCACAGCGGAAAGGGGAAGUGGAGAAGGAUGAGGAAGUGCAGUCCAGCCUUGGAAAAUGCAAAGAAGUGAAAGGUGGGAAGCGGGAAGUCCAGAAGGAGAAUCUUUCAGUGCUUAGUCAGGUCAAAAAGUUGGAGCGGGCUUUGAAGGAUGGCUCAGCAGAGCUGCAGCCACAGUUGCCUGGUACGUAUUACUCCCCACAGUGCUUGCAGGAAAAGGCAGCACAAGGACACACGGCUCCAGAGGGCAGUGAGAGCAUAUGUGGGACUGAGCUCAACAAAAGGCUUCUUGGUUUGGACUCUGAAAUCAGUGAGCCAAUUUUUGGGACUCUAGAAGAGGUAAGAACUUCUCAUAUGAAAUCCAAAGACUGCACUACAGAAAAUGUGUACACAGAACCAGGGGUGCCAGAGAAGAAACCUUUCAUCAACCCACUGCCAAAGCCCCGGCGGACUUUCAAACAUGAGGGGGAAGAGGACUGGGUGCCAGCAGCUAGGAAUAAAAGAAACUUGCCCCCUUUGCCAUCCAUUCCUCCCCCUCCUCUCCCCUCCUCUCCUCCUCCAUCAGCUGUCAGCAGGAGGCUUUGGAGCGGGAAGCACAAGAACAAUGCUGACCACAGGAAGUCGUAUGAGUUUGAAGACUUGCUGCAGUCGUCAUCGGAGAACGGAAGGGUGGAUUGGUACGCACAGACCAAGCUGGCCCUCACACGCACUUUAUCGGAGGAGAACGUCUACGAAGACAUACUGGACCCACCAUCUAAGGAAAACCCUUAUGAAGACAUUGAGACCAACAGCCGCUGUUUGGGGAAGAAAUGCGUCCUGACCUUUCCAGCAUCCCCCACCUCUUCAGUACCUGGGACUCCCACUAAGUUGCUUUCCAAGCCCACUUUUUUUCGACAAAACUCAGAGCGGCGGAGUUUCAAACUGCCAGACAUACGGAAACUGAGCCGUGAUGGAACUGGGUCACCAUCCAAAAUCAGCCCUCCCUCAACUCCCAGCAGUCCAGAUGACACCUUCUUCUCCUUGGGAGACCCUCAGAACGGGAAGAGGAGAAGGAAGAUUCCCAAGCUUGUAUUGAAAAUCAAUGCCAUUUAUGAGGCACGGAGGGGGAAGAAACGUGUCAAGAGACUAUCGCAGUCUACAGAGAGCAAUUCAGGAAAAGUUACAGAUGAAAAUAGUGAAUCAGACAGUGAUACUGAAGAGAAGCUGAGAGCUCACAGCCAGCGCCUUGUCCAUGUGAAAUCUCGCCUGAAGCAAACACCACGGUAUCAAACCUUGGAACGGGACUUGAUUGAGUAUCAAGAGAGGCAGCUGUUUGAGUACUUCGUUGUGGUGUCACUGCACAAGAAGCAGGCUGGAGCUGCUUACGUCCCUGAGGUUACACAGCAGUUCCCACUGAAGCUUGAGCGUUCGUUCAAAUUCAUGCGCGAGGCAGAAGAUCAGCUGAAAGCUAUUCCCCAGUUUUGCUUUCCUGAUGCGAAGGACUGGGCCCCCAUCCAUCAGUUUGCCAGCGAGACAUUCUCAUUUGUCCUGACUGGGGAAGAUGGAAGCAGGCGUUUUGGAUACUGUAGGAGGCUGCUGCCCAGUGGGAAAGGGAAGCGCCUCCCAGAAGUUUACUGCAUUGUGAGUCGCCUCGGAUGCUUCAAUCUCUUUUCUAAGAUCUUGGAUGAGGUUGAGAAGAGACGAGGCAUUUCCCCAGCCUUAGUGCAGCCUCUCAUGAGGAGUGUCAUGGAGGCACCUUUCCCAGCUUUGGGCCGGACGAUUACAGUCAAGAACUUCUUGCCAGGCUCAGGAACAGAGGUCAUUGAGCUGCGACGGCCUCUUGACUCCAGGCUUGAGCACGUUGAUUUUGAAUCCUUGUUUGCAUCCCUCAGCGUGCGGCACCUGAGCAGGGUCUUCGCCUCCCUGCUCCUGGAAAGAAGGGUGAUCUUCAUCGCAGACAAGCUCAGCACCCUCUCCAAGUGCUGCCAUGCUACAGUGGCCCUCCUGUACCCCUUCACUUGGCAGCACACCUACAUCCCCGUGCUGCCGCCUUCCAUGAUCGAUAUUGUGUGCUCUCCCACCCCGUUCCUCAUCGGCCUGCUCUCCAGCUCCCUGCCCCGCCUGAAGGAGCUCCCGGUGGAGGAGGUCCUUGUUGUUGACCUUGUGAAUAACCGGUUUCUGAGACAGAUGGAAGAUGAGGACUCCAUCCUGCCCCGAAAGCUGCAGGCCGCCUUGGAGCACAUCUUGGAGCAGAGGAACGAGCUGGCAAGCGACAAAGAGGAGGGCUCCGUGAAUGGCAAGCAGGAGACCAGCCCUUUGAACGAGGUGGUAUCCGAGGCUUUUGUCCGUUUCUUUGUGGAGAUUGUGGGCCACUACUCCCUCUUCCUGACCCCCAAUGAGAGAGAGGAGCGGACUCUGCAGCGUGAGGCUUUCCGCAAGUCCGUCUCUUCCAAGAGCCUCCGGCGCUUCCUGGAGGUCUUCAUGGAGACACAGAUGUUUGGGGGCUUCAUCCAAGAACGGGAGCUGCGGAAGCAGGGGGUCAGAGGUCUGUUUGAGGUACGGGCUCAGGAGUACCUGGAAACACUUCCCAGUGGGGAGCAGAGUGGAGUCAAUCGGUUCCUGAAAGGACUUGGCAGCAAAAUGAAAUUCCUCCACAAAAAGUAAAGAGCGAAGCACAUCCUCAUUCCACAGGAGAGAAUGGCUUUAUCAUUUAACAUCAACAAAUCAGACGUAUCCACCGUUCCCAUUUGACCUGCUCCCAGGGGGCCGCAACCUUGGGCAAGCUGACCAUGGCCGGGAUGCGCUCACACAGGUGUGCAGUGCCACAGGACGAUGCGACAGCAGUGGGGCUGCUGGGACAGGUCUCUGGAUAUCGACAGUUCUAUGCACUGGACCAAGCACUCUGAACUCUGUACUAGCACGUUGCAGACAGCCCAGCAGAUCGGAUCCCUUAGCUAGUCAGUUCUUUGUUUCGCUGUAUUUUUCUAUUUAUAUUGGGGUUAGAACAAAUAUUAACCGAUGCCUUUCGCCCUGCCUCCUCCCUGCCUGGUGCUGCAGGACAGUGGUGGGACUGCCACGGGACUGAGCUGGCAGAGCUUGAGCACCGAAGAUGGGAGGUACAGAGUUGUGUGGACAUGUCUCUGCCAAGCAAAGAUGCUGAGAACCACAAGGAUGAUUUGGACUGAUGAGGAGGAGCUUCUGAUGGUGAGGGGGAACCACUAAACCUACUGAGGACAUGAUCAGCCUGCCAGCUGUCAGGCUGGCUGCAUCGGGUCCUGGCAUGAGGAGAGGCUUUUCCUUACGCAGCAUAAUUAAAAGUGAGUGGUUUAAAAGUUG